AUGAAAGCUUUUAAUCGAAUAUUUCGACAAUUUCGCACGUAAUAAAAAUAUAAUUUUUAUUGCGUUCAUGUAUUACAUGAAAAAUAUAAAUUUAUACAUAGAUUUAGAUAGAAUGUAACCUUUCAUAAAAAUGUAGCCAGAGUUACCCAUAAUGCUCACGAUAUUUGGCGGUGAAAUAUUCAAAACAUUUGGAACAGUUAACCUAAAACGUGACAGUUCAAUAUGUGUUAAGCAGAUGUCAAACAUGAGCGGAAUAUCAGCGGCACACGUUAGAAAAUUAAGUCAUAAUAUCGAGGAAAUUCGAUUGAGAGCACUAGAUAAUAUUAUUUCAAAAUACAAUCUUGGUUUUGGUUGCGAUUGCGAUGCUGUAAAAAAAGAAUUAAUAACAAAGUUAUUUAACUGGUUUUCAUUUGAAGCCUUCUCAGAGACACAGAAGGUUUUAGAUUUAUUACUUCGUUUAUUAAAGACAGAUGAUAGAAGUCACUUAAAUACAUUUGGUAAAUUAAGACUUCAAAAUGAACUUCAGGAAUUAAGAAGGAAAUUAGGUUCAGAAUGGUAUGAAAAAUUAAAUGAAAUUGAAGAAGCUGUUCUUUGUUCAGAUAAGUUACAAACAAUAUCAUCAAACUCAAAAACUAUAAAGGAUCCUAGCUGUCCAACAUUAGGAUUUAUCGAUUACGACAGGCAUAGAACACGUAUAAAAGAUUAUGAAUAUAAUGGAAAUAACAAAUCUCAAAAUGGGCUUACUACUACCUCUGCUUUGAACAGUACAGUACCAUUUGACUUAACAUUAGAAUGUGGAGAUGGAACCCCGAUAUCUAAAGCUACUGAAGGUGGUAUUAAAUGGUUAAUCAUGCCAUGGCAACCUUUAGUCACUUCAGAUAGAGGUGUCUUAGCAGCAGUUGAAGAAGCCCUAAAUAAUAGCUUAGAUGCAAAUCUUAUAUUACAUACAUGUCAAUUUAUAACAAACGUGAUGAUGCAGGAUUUUCCAGCAGAAGUUUUUCUUCAAAGACCAGCAAUUGUUUUUAUAUUACAUAAUCUUUUAGAAUCUAGUGCAAAUAUCACAAAUGCCAAUUUUAGAAAUAUAAUACCAAUGGUAUUGAAAACACUCCACAAAUUAACACGAUCUUUAAGAUUACGAAUCUAUUAUUAUUGUGAACCGUGUAUUGCAAAUAAAAAACAAAAAUUAUUGGCAGAAAAAUUAAGCAAUAAUGUUUAUUCUCCUUCUGAAACAAGAGAUAGUCCUGAUGGAGGAUUUCCAGAAGUUAAUUAUCAAGCAUAUCAAUCUACUGGAACAAGCGAAAGAAGUCAAAGUGUAUCAGAUAACAUUGAUGAUUCUAUUUUACAAUUACAACAAAUGCUUAUACCAAUCUUUUGCAUUGAAACUUUAAAACGUGUUAUAUCUCAAUUGAGUAUUUCUACUAAUUCAACACUUAUAUUAAGAAGUACUAAGUAUGUAACAGACGUAAUAUAUGAACUGGUACAAGUACUCGUCAUAAGCGUCAUGCCAAAUGUUUGGCUUUGCAAUGAUGAUAUUGCUUUAAAAGUAAUUGAAGACAUGAAAGUAUUAUUUGGCAUGCUAGGAGAAGUCAUAGAAUAUUUUGGAAAUUAUAGCACAAUAGAUGAUUUUAGAAUAACGUAUUUACACCUUAUAAGUAUUACAAUGAAACUUUUAAGCCACAUAGUUCCUCUAGAAAUAGCGGAUGUUAUCUUCCCUAAAUCACUUAAAACAUCAAUAUGUGUAGCUAUAAUGGAUGCUGCUAUUUAUUUUUUAUAUCCAAAACUACACUCUAUAUUACAAGAAUACGGCCGUCAAUUUCAAGGUAGCGAUGAAAUUAUAUAUAUUAAAACAUUCGACGAAACAAGACUGAUAACAAAGUCGAUACAAGCAACUAUAUACAUAAUAAAAAAUACACCUAAUUCAUCUCAUUCGGAAGUUUUAAAAAUGUUGUAUGCUUCAAAAUUAAGUUUACCUUAUCACAAAAAUUUUGGUAUUAUUAAGAAAACUAUCGAAUUUUUACAAAAUAUGAAUAGGUAUUCUCCAAGUAAUGAAGACCAAACAUUAGCUACAAAAUUAAUAUUAAGUUUAUUAGCAAAUGCAGAUACUGAUAUACAAUAUGCCACAUAUUUUGAAUGUCAUACUUUAGUUAAAAGUAUUUUAGGAGUAGAAUAUAACAAAGAAAAGUUAUCAUGGGAAAAUCUGGCAUUUUUAUUUGAAUUAUCUGUGUUAAUUGAAAUCAUAUCCUAUGGUGUAACACACGAUGACAAAAGGAUCAAGGAAAUGUCUGAAGAAAUAUUAGUUUACAUAUUAAAAGGAAGAUUACAGAUGGGAGAAAAUGGAUGGUUAAAAUCUCUAGAAGCCAUAGUACAAGUAUUGCCUUUUUUACAAUGUCAUGCUUAUCCUUCCUCAACCUUAGGUCAAUGUGUAACAAAAAUCUUUGAUCCUGAUGUUUCUACUAAUAUACAAUUGCCAUAUAUCGAGGUUUUGAAAGGUAAUUUAAGGUUCUUAUUUUCGUCGGAUGAGGAUAUUAGAUACGAAGCCGUUUGUAGAUUGAUUUGGCUUCUUGGAAAAGAAAAGGAUUCAGUUAAAAAAUUACCACGAUUAUCAUCCCUACACGAUUUACCUCUUAGCUCACUUUGUAUAUUUGAUCGUCAAAGGGUUUUUAAAAGAUCUGAAGGCAGUUAUCAGAGGAGUAAUUUAUUAUCUGUACUUGAAAUGCUAAAUGAGCCGAAUGUCGAUCCUAAAAUACGUAAAUCAGCAUUAGUACAAAUUAGCGUUAUGCUUACAGAUUCUUCUUUACACAAGUUAUUUAUUACGGAAAAUGGAUUAUCGUUGAUCUUGAACAUAUUUAACAGUGCUCUAGUUGAAAAAGAAUAUGUUAAUUAUCCAGAUUCUGUCAUUCCUAUAAUUACUAUACUAAAACUACUAGCAUCCUCUGAAUGUUCUAUACGUCAGGAUUUGUCCAUUCGUAUUAAUGUUUUAUCAAAUAUAACGAGAAGUCUUUUUCUAUUUCCAAAUAAUGAAUGUAUUAAAACUGAUGGUUCACAAUUAUUAUGCUUAUUACUUUAUAAUGAAUACAUUAUGAGAUUGAGUGAAAAAUAUACAGAAAAUUAUAAUCAACUGAAUAUUUCUUUGCCUUAUAUUAUUGUAUCUAAAAUGAAAUUACCAUUUCUUUGUAAAUCGCAUUGGAAAAUAAGUAGACAUAGACGAUCAGAUAUGUCUGUUCUUCAUGGCAAUGACUCACUGGUAUUAACAUUUAUAAGACAAUAUUGGAUAUGGGAAUGGAAUGGUGGUAUAAAUGUGCUUUGGAAACAUUUUAAUGAUCUUCAGGAUUCUAAUAUAUCAAAAAAACUAAAAAUUCUAGAAAAUGAAUUUUUAGUCUUACGUCUUAGCUUUCCUCAUUAUAGCUGUCAACAACAACUGUACAAUAUACAAAAUUCAACUACCCAUGACUCAGUUUCAUGUGCACUUGAUUAUCUUACAAUGCAUAUAAAACUUUAUAAAAUGGAAAAAUGUGAGGAAAUAAAAGACAUAAGCCUAUUACCAUGGGAACAAACGUUUGAACGAUUUUUACUUUCACAACCCGCAAGUAAAGAGGAUUGUGAUUUAUUUGUUGAAGUUUUAAAUUUUCUACAGUUUUAUAUCAAUAUUACAAAAGAUGGAAAGUAUAAAUGGACUAAUAAAAUAAUGACAAAUAUAACUAAAUCUCUAACCGAAUUAUUAAAAAGCUCGGAAUUAGAUAAUCAAAACGUACAUCAAUCUAUAUUGAAGUUAGCUGGCACAUGUUCAGCCAUAGGACAAUCAGAAAGAUCUACUUUAGAAGACCAAGACGUUUGGCUACACUUUAUUGAAUUAAUUGUCUCCACUUUAUGUUUAGGAGACCAACAACAUUUUUAUAAUUUAGCUUACCUUGAUUGGCUGUUAACAUGUUUAACAUAUUUAAUUGGAAAGUGUCAUUGGACAAAUUGCAAAAAUUUAUUAAUAUCAUUAGGAAAUACAUUAAUCGAACUCAUUAUAUCCUUCCAUGGGGCUGGAACAAUAAGCUUUAUGGGCUUAUCUAUAACCAGAAAUUCUAUUAUAUGUCUCAAUCAUUUGUUAUAUCAAAUGCAAAUAAACUUCAAUAAAAACAUUUUUGUACAAUUUUGGUAUGAAGAAGAUCGUAUGUUGAAUUGGUUACCUAUGUUGUGGCAAAAUCGAGAUCCUUUGGUUCGUGCUUCUGCUUUACAACUAUUAGCAGGUCUAAUGAGUAAUUUACAUACAGCUUCUCAAUUAUUGAAUUCUAUAGCACUAGCACCAAGCGAAUUAUGUCAGGCAUUACUUCAAUGCAUUAUCAGUAGAGAAGAGUCAUGCAUUGUUAGGGAACAAGCAUGUUGUGCACUUAGCAGUUUAAUAAAAAAUUGCAAUUCUAUCAUUUUUCAAUAUAUGGAUUCUUUGAAAGCAAAUGCUAUUUUAAUAUAUAUAGAACAAAACAACACUUAUUAUGAAAUAAGUGUACUAUGUUCUAAUAUUUAUAUGUCUACUUCUCUGGACUGUGAUCAUAUGAAUAAUCAAGAGCAAGAAACUGGGAAAGUCCCAUCUAUUCAUAGCAUGCAGUCAGGUUGUACAUCAUUAGUACCACGUGCAAUCUCACAUCUGUAUAAUUGUCACGAUGAAUUACAACCUCUUUCUGUCAAAGAAUCAACAACUACAGAGAUGGACCAUUAUUUACAAUUGGUAGCAACACCAUCAUUGAUAUCAGCUGUUUGUAGAUUACUAAAUAAUUUAAUACUUAUAGGAAAACAAGAAGUUGUUCAUCAAAUUUAUGAACAUUCUAUUGACAAAUAUUUAAUUGGAUGCAUUAAUGAAAUACCUAAAGAUGUUGAAAGUAAAAGGAAUUUAACACAUUAUUGUGACAUAUUGGAAAUGUAUAUCAGCAUUUGUAGAGUUUUAACAAACUGUAUUACAAACAGUAAUGAAUAUUCUCUUGUAGCUAGCUUUUCAGUUGACUCACUUUACAUGUUAUUUUGUUUUUUAAAUGAUGAUUUAUAUUGUAAUAACACAUCGCAACUGAUCUCUGUGCGAAAUAAACUCUGGACCGAAAUUUUCAAUUUUAUAGCCAUACUUUCGUUAACAGAAAAUCAACAUUUUGAAACAAUACAGACCGCUUUAGAAUUGCGUGGACCAGAAGCUGUACUUUCAUCUAUCUGUGUUGCAAUGAAGGAUUCUAAUCCAGAACUUCGCAUCAGUGCUAUAGGCUGUCUCGCGUUUCUACUGUCUCAAGAAAUUGAAAAAGAUUCUUCAGGAAAAAGUAGCAUCUCACUACAAUCAAUAAUGGAUACUCCUUUAACUCGAUUGUCAAAUGACAAUAAAAACAAUUUAAAAGAAAUUACAUCUGAUGUUAAUACAUUUUCUCUACAAAGUGCCAAUAUGCAUUCAACAAAAUCAAAUGGAAAUAAAGAUCCUCCUUUAAUUUCCGAAAAACCGGCAGAUUAUGAAGUUGAAGGAAACGAAAUUGCUAUGAGCAAAGAACUUUGUAAUAUUUUAUUGCACUUAUUUAUAGCUCAUAAUUACAACCGAUCGAAGAAGAAUAAGAAAUUGAACGAGGACAAGGAUUUGAUCAUAAGCGCACUUACUAAUUUGUUAUGUGUAUCAAACACAGCUAAACAGGUCGCAUUGGAAGAAAAUUUACCUGACACAACUUUAAUGAUAUUGAAAGAAUCGUAUGUGAGAUUAAAUUUACAACCUUUCGAACUUUUCAAAAAUCAGAUUGAUCGUGAAAAGAAGAUUCAUCCGUUACUACGCGACAUGAAUGCUAUUUUAGUAUUAUUAAUGAAUUUCAUGUACGGCAGUACAGAAGUUAAAGUAGCUCUAACAAAAGCAGGACUAGCAGAUGUAUUACACAAACUAUGGGCUUGGAUUGCAUUAAAUAAAACAGUUUCAACCACCGCUUUGAAAUUACUAGCAACCUAUACUACAAAAUGUACUACAGCAGCGCAAUCUUUGACGUUAACGACUAUUUUGCCAGGGACAGGGCUUAGAAAAACUCCUAAUACUCUCGCCCUUAUACAUGUUAUUAUACAAUUAGUUUGCAAAGAAAUAGACAAAGCUGGUCAACUCUUUGAUAAUCAUAAAUUACACUUUGCAUUUCAUGUUUUGAGAAAUGCAAUACACGUUCAUGAAUGUAGAGUAUCAAUUUCAAAGAGUAAUCUCCUACAAUUUUUUACAAAAAUACAUCCAAUUACCACGAAACGGACAAAACCAUGGCCACUCGUUGAAUUAUAUUGCUUAGAGUUCUUAAUUGACUUUACUUAUUACGAAGAGGGCCAGAUAUGUGUCCCAAAGGCUGUCGACGGCUUGGAUGUUUUGUUACAAUUGUCAAAAUACUCUUCAUCAUCUAAUAGAAUUCUUGCAAUUUCCAUAUUGCGUAAUCUCGCGUUUAACAUGACCAACCGACCACGAUUACUUAGUUCAGUGGAUUUUAUUAAUGUUCUACAUGACAUAUUUAAAAAUGGUUCCCUGGUCGAAAUUAGAAUAGCAGGGUCUAUGUUAUGGUCUCUAAUAUCCAAUAAUCAGAAAGGAAAAUUAAUUGUACGAAGUGCUGGCUUUUCACAGAGUAUACAAGAAGCGUUAGGUAGGAUUACACUAUUAAAUGUAGAUGAUAAGAAAGAAGAAGAGGACUUACUUAAAAUGCUACAAUAUAUAUUAAAAAUUCUUAGUCCAGUGGAUACUAAAGCUGAUUAAGAUCAGUGAUGAGAGAAAAUAAUUAAAUACAAGUAAUUGUACAUAGGAAUUGAAGUAUUACUUUACAUUAUGUGAAUAAUAUUUUAUUAACGAAAUUUGUAAUAUUUUUUAUAGAAAUAGCAAGAGGGUAUAUGUAAUAUGAAUUUAUACAAUUUUUAUACAUAUUACUAUUAUAGAUAUAUUUUCAUCGUUGUAUUUUUAUGACUAACAAUACGAUAUUUUGUAAUAUAUUGAAUAAUAAAAAUUAUUUAAUAAAUAAAAAAUAAUA